CCCCGCGUCACAGCAUCGCAUCACAUGGCAUCUUUGUCACUCCUCACUCGAUAAGACUCCAACAGCAACAGACACCGUGACCGUUUUCUUUUGAUUUAAUUACAUACAUCUCCAUACCCUUGCUCUUUAAAUCUUUCUUCUAGCAAAAGACUCAUUCAUGGUCAGCAACAUACAGUCUACAAAGCUCUCCUAGGAGCUCAGCUCUCACAUAGCUCAACCCCUCCAGGGAUAGCUCCGCGAUAAGCUAUCUACAGGUAUCUACAAUAUCGUCGCCAUCAAAAUGUCACUCUUUACCGCGCAGCUUUAUCCUGGCCGAGCACUGGGCUUCCUAGUCCUCGGUGCAACUCUUCACGAUGUCCUUACCCGUCUUAAAGCUGAACCCCAACGCUUCCCGAAGAUCGAGCUACUUUACUCCCCUGACCGACCUGUCACCGAACCCGUUGGCGUUGAACUCCCUGGGAAUGGUAUACGACUAAGAUUUGACGGCCCCGAACAGCGUCUGCGUCUUAUCGAGGUUACCGACUUUACCAAGAAUCACAUUACCUUCAAAGAACGAGAUCUUGUAAAACCAUUUGCUGGUACCCCUGGAUCUCCUUCACCAGGCGACUCGGCAUCAGGACCGACCUUCCGACACAUAUACCAUAAACUACUCGGCCCUACGUACGCCGGUGAAUUUAUUCCGCCAUCUAGUGGUCACGAUAAUGGCAUCUAUGUCCUGUCCUAUCCCGGUGUUGCCUUUAACUUCGCACUUAAUCCUUCCGAGUACUCGCCCGAGAAAGACGUAGUGUCGACUUUCGCAUCGGCAUCUAGUCAAGUCGCAACCUCGAUGGCUGUCUUUAGUGGUGAUUCCUGGGCUGAUGCUAGACCGACUCUUUGGACUGAGAUUUUGCCAAGUAUCAAGUCAACUACCGUGAUUCCUCGAGGCAAAGAUGUCUACCCCGACGAAAUUUCGCUUGUUCGAUUACAUGGAGCUGGAAAGAUUCAGCUUUUCAGAAAAUGGACCAGCAACUCUUUCUGGAUCACCCUUGGCGAGACAACACCUCAAGAUCUCCUCAUGGAGUUGGGGCCUCCGAAUGCCAUCUAUCGCAAGAAUGACCAGAAAAUGGUCAUUCAUAAGACGCGUACAGCAAGCAACGCUAAAGGUCGUCCAGAUGCUGCUGAUAUUGGCCGGCCUGAAGAUCUCACCGAUACAGAUCAGUCUUCCAUGCACGAGGGGUCUGAUGCAUCAGACAAUGAAGAAGCCGUCGAUGAUCAGAUCGGUCUUAACACGAAUAGCGAAUGCUUCUAUAAUUAUUUCUAUCUUGGGUUUGACAUAUUAAUAUCGACUCGUGUACCCCCGUCACAAGCUCCUCCUGGCAGCAAAGUCAGUGAAGCAGAGGGUCAGAACGGCAUCAUAUCCCAUUCUCCCGAUCGACUAGUAGCCACAAAGCUGGUUCUACAUGGCAACAUACCUGGCUCAUACGAAUUCAAUCGUCAUCGCCGUUGUCGCUGGGAAAUUGCUUACCUGGACUCUCUGAAUGAUGGCAACGGACCGACAGAUUCGGAAACGCCUUUCCCGCAAAUAGAGGACCGUAUGAAUGCUGCAUGGGCAUCUGCAUUCCCACGAAACGACUCUCAGCAAAGACAACGCGGCAUGGUUCUUAAUCGUGGUUGGGGCGAUAGUCCAGGCAGUAGUUGUGAGUUCUUGGGAGGGUGGGAGGAGAGCGGCGCAAGAAGAGCAGAAACAAACGGGGAUUCCACGACCACGUUGUAUGGAUUCCCAGGGUUGGUAUUUGAAGUUUUGAAGAAUGGGCAUGUCAACACUGUCACAGUGUUUUGAUCUAGGGCGUCACAUCUGGAUUUUGUUUGGGGGAGUUUAUGGUGUUUGGGAAGAGUCGAUAUAAUGGCUCAGUUUUGUUUGCUUCGAUACCUCUGUCCAUAUGAUCUUAGAUAUCCUGUGAAUUCAUAAUGACAGGUCGUUAUCCUUU